AUGGUGGUUAUUGAUGAUGGAUGUGGUCAUGAUGAUGGUGUCGGUUGUCCUGGUAGUGGUGCUGCUGGUUGUGGUGGUGAUGAUGGUGGUGCUGGUGAUUAUGAUGGUUAUGAUGGUGGUUGUUAUGAUGGCGCUGGUCCUCGUGGUACAAGUGGUGGUGGUCGUGGUAGUGGUGCUGGUGGAUGUCAUGAUGGUGCUGGUGGAUGUGGUGCUGAUGCUGUUGGAGGUGGUGCUGGUGGUGGUGGUUAUGGUAUUGGUGCUGGUGUGUUCAUGAUGGUGCUGGUGGAUGGGUUGCUGAUGCUGGUGGAGGUGAUGCUGGUGGAGGUGGUGCUGGUGGUGGUCAUGAUGGUGGUUGUGCUGGAGGAUGAUCUGGUGGUGGUGGUGCUGGUGAUGAUGAUAGUGGUGCUGGGGCUACAAUGGCAGUCUUGUUCCCACUGGAUGAUUGUGUAUUUGAUAGGAAGUGUUCAACCAGUCAACAGGAAGAGAUGA